AGGGUCACUUUCUUUAAAAGAUUUGUAAAAUCAAGAAAAAUCAACAUAGGAAAUCCUUGAGAUUCUGAUUUCAUAUCUCCAUUCGUAUCUCUCUUUCCCUUCUGUCAAAUAUUUUGCAUAUCUUUUUGAUAUCAACACCAUAUCAUAUCCCCAUAUAUAUUAAACACCUCACAAAUAACAAAUCACCAUAUAUCCAAACAUCACAAAAUUCAAUUUAAAUUCCUCAGCACACAAACAAAAAUUCUUCACAAAUCAUAUUUUGCAAAUGGCUCAAGUACAAGCAACAAUGGAUACACAAUUUCAUGUUCUAGCUGUUGAUGAUAGCAUUAUUGAUAGAAAACUCAUUGAAAGGCUCCUCAAGACAUCUUCCUAUCAAGUUACUGCUGUGGAUUCUGGAAGUAAAGCUCUAGAGUAUCUUGGAUUGUUGAGUGAAGAGAAUGAAGGUAGAGGAGAAGUGGGAGUGAAUUUGAUAAUUACAGAUUACAGCAUGCCUGAGAUGACAGGUUAUGAUCUGUUAAGGAAGAUUAAAGGAUCAACUUAUUUGAAGGAUAUUCCAGUGAUAAUUAUGUCAUCAGAAAAUGUUCCAUCUAGAAUCAAUAGAUGUUUGGAAGAAGGAGCUGAAGAGUUCUUCUUAAAGCCAGUUCAACAAUCUGAUGUUAAUAGAAUUAAGCCUCAUUUGAUGAGGGAGAAAGUUUUGUCACCAAAUAGUCUCAAGAGAAAGUCCAUGGUUGAAUGCAUUUCCCCUGAGAAAACAAGAAAGUGCAACAACAACCACAACAACAACUUGUGUGACAUCUUUUUGCACAACAUUUGUGAAUGAACAAGGCAUUUGGAUUUGAAAAUUUUUUUGAAGUAACAAGGACAAACAGAGGAAAAUUCCACUAGUGGGUCCGGAAAGAACAACGUGUACAGAGAUCUUGUCUCUAACUCGAAGAGACAGAGAGGCAGAUGUUUGUACCAGACAAAUGAAUUGGAGGCUUAUGUAGAUUUGUCGGCAGCAACAAAACAGGGAUUUGCGACGAAUUAUCAAAAGAAUUUGUUAGCUAUGAGUUAUUUAGCGACAAAUACCAGCAACACACUAGCAAAUGUUCAAUAUGAUGGAAACUUCAUGAUGCUAUUCUGGGUUGGAUGGGAAGUGACUGGAUUAGCACUUUGUGUACAGAAGCCAUGAUUCAAGUGAUUCUGUAAAGUGGAUUUACAAUGAUGCUACUGUAAUCAAGCAGAUCUGAUCUGAUUUGAUUUGAUUUGAUACAUAGGAUCAGUACAUAAUUUUCUUUUUGUUAUCAUACACAAUCUAAUUGAGAAUCAGAUCAUACUCUUACCUUUUAUAGAUCCAA